AAUUCAUAUAAUUUCAAUUUGAAAAUGAACCUCCCUGUGUGAUACUGCUUUCAACCUUUCAACCACUUCGUUAUCUUCAGUCAGAUAAACCCAAGAUGCCGUUCCUGGUUUGGAUUCACACCACACGUAACGUUUUUUUGACGCUGCCUUGUUGCUUCCGCGCGGCCACAAUUAAUUGACGCUUAGCUCAACGGCCGCAAGUGCUGCUAAACGGGAGGCAACGCUGUAGGCAGCUUGUCAUUGGACCACGGCCUUCAGCUCUACUAGCUCCCUGCAUCAACUCUCCCCCCUUUUUAUAUCGUCUGUUCACAAAUCGCAGUACUCCAAUACUUCCCGCAGUGUACUACGAGCUCACUCAUAGUACUACUCUCAUCCUCAUCCUCAUUUGUCUAGAACACCUCUCGUUCGACAACCCUCUCCUGAUAAGAAUAUCUGGUCCCUAAUCAUCAUGCCAUCAGAUACUCAAUCUACAACUUACAAGAAGGCUGCUGCGUCCGCACCUUCCAAGGAUUCAUUAUUGAAGACGCCACAUGCAACUGGCAGGCAGGUCUCACCACGCGUUCAUCCCUCUAUCAUCUCUUCCAAACAGAACGUGGGCAGUGCAACAUCAAUUUCUUCAUCAUCCACUGCAUCUCCGCCACUCGAAAAACGCGAAGAAUCAGCAGGCACAUCCACACUCCUCUCGCAAAAUAACUCAAGGCGCAGUAGUCUCCAAUGUCGUUCUCAAUCUAAAGAUCACACUUCAUUUGUCGGCUCUUCGGAGUUAAAACGUGUCAAGAAAUCAAAGGAGGGCUUCUUCACCACGUUCUUUCGCAAGCUCUUCUCCUGCGGUGGACUCAAUUCACAAGCUCAUGACAUCGAUGUCGAUGGUCCUCACAAGACCGCCGGAAAUGAUCGGAAUAAAUUUUCUGAAAAACUUCCAGUUCCAGUAGAGAAAGACCAACCCGCUGUACCUCCCAAAGAUGCGAUAGAUAGUACUGCGGGCGCUACUAGUAGAGGCGUGCAGCCCCCGGGUUCCUCCGUUCCUGGUCAGGUAUUAAAAACCUCUUCAACUCGCCCUUCCGAACAGCGGAACGAGUCGGAUGACGUUCCGUUUGAUGAGUUAAGCGAGGAAGAUGAAAUGCUUAUCAGAAAUGGGGGUGCAGGCAUUCCCAUCGGCCCUGACGGAAAGGAAUACCCACUUAUGCCACCAAUCGCGCCUAAACAUGUUGGCAAGAAGUGUUUAGUACUCGACUUGGACGAGACCCUCGUCCAUAGUAACUUCCUGCCCAUACCAGAUCCAGACUUCAUCGUUCCUGUUGAAAUCGAGAAUCGCUGGCACAACAUGUAUGUACAGAAGCGCCCAGGAGUAGACGAGUUUCUUCGACAGAUGGGUGAGCUAUACGAAGUGGUAGUGUACACCGCAAGUCUGGGCUCCUAUGCGGAUCCAGUGAUGGACCAUCUUGAUCUCUACAGUGCCGUUUCGCAUAGGCUCUUUCGGGAAAGCUGUUUCCGUUAUAGAGGAAACUACGUCAAGGACCUGUCGCAACUCGGACGCCCGAUGGCAGAUACCAUCAUCAUCGACAAUUCACCGGCAUCAUAUAUCUUUCAUCCCAACAAUGCCGUACCUAUAUCCUCAUGGUUUAACGAUCCUCACGAUACCGAACUGAUAGACAUAUGCCCCCUUCUUGCAGACCUCAGCGACACGAAAGAUGUGCGAAGCGCGUUGAACACCAUUUUAUGACAACUUGUUUUAGAGCUGGGAUAUGCUGAAAGUAUUUAUGGGACGCUGGUGUUCAAACGUUCAUGACUUAAUCAUGAGAUAUAUGACAAUGUAUGAAUAGAUGCGUACUUGCAGAAUAUAUUGUCAUACAUAGCAAGUACGAGAAAUGACAC